CUCAGCUCAACCCACGCAAAAUAUUCUCUUCUGUUGUACAAUCCAUCCGACGGGAUCGAAGCCCCAAGCUCUCCUCGUUUUCCUGCAUUCCAGGCUGCUGCCGUGGAGGGGAAUAAAGCGUUCCUCCUGGUUCUGGUGCUUCGAUUACCACUUUUUUGUAAUGGAUUCUCGUGCGCUUCCUGCCGACGACCCGUGUUAUUAAAGCCGGCAAUCCAGAGUGCAUACUGAAUCGUGAUAACCUUUUCCUCCAUCUGCUUUCAUCCGUUCCUCUACGCUAUAAGUACCGCAUCAUCUCAAGCAGAAAUGUCGGACGUGCAGGCCCAUCUGGUUGUGGACAACACAAUGGGUGCCGCUUUCAUCGGUGUCAUUAUUGCUGCUUGCCUGUACGGAGUGUCUUGCGUCCAGACGUGGUACUACUUCAAUCAGUAUCAGACUGAUGUGUGGUACAUCAAGUCUCUGGUCGCGAUAGUUUGGCUGUUCGACUCAGUUCAUCAAGCCUUGAUAUCCCAUACAGUCUACUACUAUGUUGUUACCAACUUCAGUAAUCCGACAGAGCAGGAAAAUCUAGUUUGGAGCAUUUUGUUGGAGGUUUUGUUUAAUGGAUUCAUCGGCUUCUUGGUCCAAAGUUUCUUGACCAUGCGCGUUUGGCGUCUAGGCAACGAAAAUGUCGCACUGACUGCCGUGAUCACUUGUCUGGUGUUGACAGAGUUUGGCUGUUCCGUUGCGUUCACAAUUCAGUCCAUGAAGCUCUCAACCUGGGCUGAUCUGACUCAUAUGAGAGGUUUGUCGAUGACCGUCAACGUCGUCGGUGCCAUAUCGGACGUCCUCAUAGCCGCGAGUCUCUUUUACUUCUUGCAUCGUUCCCGGACAGGCUUCAAACAAUCGGACACUAUGAUCAGCAAACUGAUAUUGUUCAGUGUGAGCACCGGCUUGAUGACCAGUGUCUGUGCUGUAGCGUCACUUAUUUCCAUCCUAAUCUGGGGAAAGACUCUUAUCUAUGUCGCCUUUUACUUCAGUCUGGGAAGACUCUAUUCCAAUUCCGUCCUUGCUACUCUCAACGCUCGCAAGAGCAUCAGAGGUCUUUCUGAAGCCGGCGAUAUGGGUGACUUGACGCUUUCUCUUAACACCUUUAAGACCGGAUUGCCACGGUUUGCUACCACAGUGCCGCGCCAGACAAACAUUUCUAUCAAGAUUGAUACCACGCAAGAGUGCGUGCGAGACGAUAUCGGAGGAGGGUUGGAUUCGGCCUUAACGGAAAAAUCGGAAAAGUCAUUCAAAGACUCGGAGGAGGGCGUCCAUGCGAUUUGUGUGAACACUGCCGUAUAAUGCUACCUGCCUACCACCGGACCGGUAAAUACUCAAUUCUUGAGAAUUUGGAGGGAUCGAGGAGGGAUUUUGGUAUCUCAGUGCUGGUCCUAUAUAUAUAGCGGAUUCAGAUUGGACAGUUUUCUUUCGCACCUGCUGGCGUCUUGAU